ACUGGUUGUGACGAUCUACCGUAGGGGAUGAGGCACAGCUAAUUGCGGUCUAGCGUUCAUUACAGUCUACCUUCCACCAUCAUUCGUUCACGGUUUUUGGUCAUUCUUCGCCACGACCUCACUAUCCCACCUCCGCCUCUCCACAGCUCAUUUAGCGGACCAAAGCUCCCCAUCCCUCGCCUCUCUCGUCAAGCGCUGGACCAUACACCACCCUCCACCCGUCACCUGCGCAUCCACCUGCGCAUCCCACCCCACCUCCCACCCCACCACCCCACCACCACACGACGAUGCACCCACUCCUCCGCCACCAGCUCCGGCGCUCCUCCACCUCCUCCAUCACCUCCGCGCCCGCAGCAGUCUCAAUCCCCGACUUCCUCCGCGUACCAUCGUGGUCGGUCGCCUCUCUACUCCCUCCCUCACCCACCUCCAGCACCUCCAGCACCAGCCCCUCCAGCCCCUCCACCUCCCCCCCUCUCACCUCCACCUCCACCCCCUCAACACUCACUACACCCACAAUAACCCCCCAAACCCUCCACCACCUCCUCCGCCUCUCCGCCCUCCCUCCUCCCCCCACCCCCUCCGCCACGGCCUCGCUCCUCUCCUCGCUCCACGCGCACCUACACUUCAUACAGUCGAUGCAGUGCGUCGACACCACCGGGGUAUCGGCGCUGUCGCGUGUGGAGGAUGAGGUUGUGCGGCCACAGAUCACGUGGGAGGAUGCUACUAAGACGCCGGUGCGGAUGCAACGGUUUGAGCGCGGGAUGAGGGGGCAGGGACGCGUGGGCUGGAGCCCUAUGGGGUUGGCGCAGAAGGUCGUGGGCGGGUUUUAUGUUGUUGAUGAGAAGGUUACUGAGGAGUUGGUUGUUGAGGUGGCGGAGGGGGAGGGGGAGGCGCAGGGGGAGGCGCCAGUGGAAGGGAAGGUUGAGAAAGCGUGAGCAGGUGGUGUACGGUACUGAAGCUAUGUCACGAAACAUGCACCGAUGACGGUGAAAAGGAAAUCCCGUUUUUGAUACAUAUUAAGCCAGCCUAACUAGAGAGAAAAGAAAAAAAACAAUGCACAAUGCACACA